CGUUGGUACUACAGUCGAACGAAACGAUACUCGUGAAUUUCUCAUUUCCAAUAAACUACAUCUUGUUCUUUGAAGAUCUUCAAAGUUAGUUGCAAUCCAGUAGUCAGAUUUUCAAGAUUAAAAAUGGCAGAUACGGACUUUGCCAAAAGCUGAUAUCCUGAUGUGGAAGCACAUCCCAAGGAAACUUUAAAAGGGACAGUAAUAUUUUCUUCGAAAAGUAAAUGAUGGAGGCAUACGAUGAUGACGAUGACGACACACACUUUUGCAUUAAGUGCAAUUCCACAAUCCAUGGUUUGGAGAAUUACGUUCGUCACCGACAAUCCGGAUGUCGUGUUAAAACAGAAUCACAUGAUGCACCUGCAACUCCAACGACAGUAUCCUAUCCAGAAAUUUUAAACGCUGACGCUUUCUUCAGUUCUCUGGAGCUACAAAGCAGUUCGAAAUCAAAUUCACGUCGAAUGACUUCAAGUGAUCGUUCAAGAAAAUCCGGAAGAAAUGAGGAUCGUAAAAAGAAGAAUCAAAAGGACAAAAGUCCGGAAGACUCUUCAAAGGAUAAAUUACACAAUCUUCUGCCAGUCGUAACUGAUCUUGAUGAUCCGACAGAUCAUCUUGGAAUUCCGUCAUUGGUCGGAUUUCCCGAUAUAGUCUCAACCAGUAAACCAUCAACUUCCGUCAAAAUAUGCCUGGUUUCCUCAGGAAAAAUAGAAGCAUCUGAGUUUCAUGGAAAACAAGAUUCAUUGGAGAGUGUAAUUUCUAAGCAGCUGGAUAGUAAACGGAAUGAUUCGCAAAGAUUAGACCAAGAUCAUCAAAGUUGGUUGGAUGAUUCCCUUUUGGUUGAUUUGGUGGUAAAUCCUGUCAAUAAGGACACUUCGAACUCGAGUCUGAGUAGAUUUGAAGAUUUCGACUUUCAGCAGGAGGAGGAAAUGGAGGAAGAGAGUGGGGAAGAUUAUAUAGAAGAUGAUGAAUCAUUCUCGGAAUCAGAUGAUGAAGAUCGUAGUUAUCCUCCUGUUAGUCACACGGGGGGAAAGUGGAAACCAGGCAGCAUAUCACAAACCAUAUCACAUGAUCUUCAUGAAGAUGAUAUAGAAAUUACAAAUGAAGAUGAAAAUGAACAUAAUCAUCAUCAUCAUCAUCCUCCGCCGUCGCACACUGGUGGCAAGUGGAAGCCUACCGAAAGUAAUUCUAUGGAUGAUAUAGAGUUGAUGGAGCACAAAAUGGAUAUAGACCAACCACCGCUGGGACAUACUAGAGGAAAAUGGGUACCCGGAGCACGUGCUGAUAUAAGCUCAGGAUAUUGGUGCAGUCCUUGUGGUAGAAAUCUGGCUUCACGCGUACUCUACAACAGGCACCUGCGCUCUGACCUUCACGCCAGGAGAAACAUGCAGGAAAUCGAUGGUGUUGUACAAUUUCCUCAAUCUGUCAACCGAAAAAUGAAGCUUCAAGAGCCGAGAGAAAAUAAUGAAGAGAAUUCGAAUGACGGGCAUCAGAUUGUCAAGAAACAGAUUCGCAAAAGGGAAAAAGAGAUUUUGACUUGUGAGAUGUGUUGCGCUCGAGUGCGUCGCCCACAAAUGGGAAAGCAUCUACUUUCCCAUUAUCACUGCCGAGUAGCAGGUGCAAACCCUUUUAGAGCAAAAGCCCAGCAAUUCCUUUUGGAGAACAUGGAGAACGUUGUACGACAAUGUCCUUUUCAAUGUAGUCCCUGUAAAUUUUAUUGUAACACAGAAGACACCUUUUUAUUACAUUGGCGAUCUUCCUUUCACCUGUCGAUUAUCAGCAAGAUUGAUGGAAACUUUAAAUGUGCUCCAUGUGCCUUUUGGUGUGAUGAAAACUCAAGUAUGGAGUCACAUCUUUUGAGUUCUUGUCAUCGAGAUUUGAUUGCUAUGAUGAAUGGUUCAAUUCCUACUGUCAUAUCAAGACAAAGAAGCCUAAUAUGCAUAACUUGCGAACAAACAUUUAGAUAUAACAUAGAAUUAUGCCAACAUGCAAAAAGUACUGGACAUGAGGUUAAUUUCACAGCUACUGACGAAUACCAAAAAAGAAUUAGAUGUCAACUCUGUGAUAUCGUAUUUAGAUCAUUAGUGGCACUACAAAGACAUCAAUUAACAUUUCACAAGUCAGAACCUAAUAAAGUUCCAAAGAUGGAUCUUGUUCCGUACUAUUGCUCUUUUUGUUCUUUGAGUUUCAAGACAACAGAAGAAGCUAUUUUGCACCGAAGAACUUUGGCCCACAAAGAAAUAGUCAAAUCGACGAAAGCUGAUAAUCCCUCGAUUUCUAGAGAAUGUCUUAAUUGCAAUAAACAUCUGUCCAGCCUUUCAGAAUUAAGAACUCAUCUUCUCGAGCUACAUCCAGAACUUUGCUUCAGGUGUCCAAAAUGUGCUAAAAUUUUUGCACUAUCUCAAGAUGUCUCAAGACAUACCAAAGAAGGUGAAUGCAAUCCGCAAGAAAUUCCAAAUGUUUUUAACGACAAUGUCGAAUGGAAAUGUAGCAUAUGUCCUUUUGCAACUGAGUUGCAGUCAGAAUUCAUUUUUCACGAAGCGCUACAUGCGGGACCUGUUGAACCUAAAAUUGGAGAAGCCGGAAGUAGUAGACCUGCGGUUAAUUAUCAGUGUACUCUCUGCAAAAAGUGUUACUCGAAAACAACUUUGAGAAAUCACAUCAGGGGUCACACUGGCGAACGACCAUUUCCAUGCAGCAAGUGCAGUCUUAGUUUUUUGAGACGAAAUGACCUGAACACACAUCGUAAAAAUUGCAGGCAAAUUCCUCAACAUGAAAAAUCAGAUCGUCAAAGAAACUUUUCGUGUGCUGAAUGCAGUUCUGCUUUCUUCACCAAGCAUGCACUUCGACAGCAUAUGAUGAGGCAUAAUGGAAAGCAGUAUAAAUGCGAAUUUCCUGGCUGUAUUACUUCUUUACGUACUGAAGCUGAAUUAAAACAUCAUCAGAUGAGAGUUCACGGAACUCCGGAGCAAAUCUAUCCAUGCAGUUACUGUAGUUAUACAGCUAAAUUUCGCUGGCAACUAGCAAGGCAUGAAAAGAAACACAGGCCUCCAGAUGACGUGAGUGAUAAGCAGCAUGCUUGUCCAUUCGACGGCUGUCAAUUUCGGGCAAUUUCUACUGGACAUAUCAAACGCCACGUCCGUACUAUUCACACAAAUGAGAAGCCCUUCAGGUGUCGCUACUGCACCUAUGCCAGUAGCACUCAGGAGAAUCUAAGGAAACAUAUUCUUUCAACGAGUCUGCACGUUGGCAAAACGAUUUACGAGUGCGAUGCUUGUAAGGAAAAAGGUUUGGAGCCAUACUGCACUAACUUUGCCAAAGAACUUAAAGCUCAUUUACUUGAAGAACAUUCUGACGAAUUUCCAUCAAUGGAUGUUGUUAAUAACUAUGUGACUAAUUUUUUUGACUUUGUACAAGAAUGAUAGUUUAUAUAAGGAAAAUUUUCCUUUCAAACAGGGUAUUUUAGUCUGUAAUUUUGUAUUCCUUAAAAGAUUUUUAUUUUUUUGUCACACUCCGCAGGUGCUAAUUGUGAUUUUACUUGCAGAUCAACUGUUUUUGAACGAAUCGUAUGUACAUAUAGCAUAAAAAAAUAAAAUUA